CAAAGCCUGCUUCCAAAUUAUCAGGCUGACAAAGUUCUUCAUUCAUGGUCUCCGCGAACUAGUCUUUCAUUGCUUAUCUAUGAUAAAUAUAGCUGGGUGUUAUAUCCUUGGGGAUUGGGUUUGUUGGAUAUGUAAUGAGUACUCUGUGACUUAUGUCCUAGGACUAACUGUGCAUGUGUGCUAAAACUGAAUACAAGUUCAAAAUACAGAUAUUUUAAAUUGCGCGCACGCUAUGUGACAUUGGAGAUAUUUGAAGUGUAAGGACUUCAUAUCCCACAAUGCUCUGCGGAAGAGGUCCAUCUCCUCCUCUCAGCUGUGAAGCUAGGUAAACAAACUGGGGGAGGAGUGAAAACAGGCAGAAGGGACUUUGCAAGCUGUGGGCUUUCGGGGAAUAUUUUAUAUCGUUUAUAUUCAUUUUUUACGAUUUGUAGUUGUCUCUUUCCUACACACUUUUAAUACUUUGAUACUCUGACCUCGAGACUUUUUAACGGCUGAAAUCCGCCUGAAUUUGUUGCAACCAGGAUAGCUAGCUUGCCAUCGUCGGCAAUAAACAACGUAAACGUUAGCGAGCUGCUUACUUCGCAAGAUAUUUCGUUUAGAAGAACCAGCAAAUACAAAAACAAAAUAAUUCUUCUUGGAUCUUAGAUCAUAGAUAGUACUAUUUAUUGAGAAACAAUAUAGUUAUCAACCUGUCGUUCGUUCAGAAAUAUUCUGCCCUAGUCGCUAACAGUAUCAAACCAACGUAUCGUUAGCCUCAGCAGAAUGACGGCAGUGCAGCUGAUUAAUAUCCAGAGGUUAUUGGAAGCUGCGGAAUAUCUCGAAAGAAGAGAAAGAGAAUGUGAACACGGAUAUGCUUCUACGUUUCCAUCAAUCCAGAACACAAACUACCAGAGACAACGGAAGUUUCGAAACAAAAAGUACAACAAUAACCACAACAGGUCCACGCACAACGAGCUGGAAAAGAACCGGCGAGCCCACCUCCGACUGUGUCUGGAGCGAUUGAAGUCCCUCAUCCCGCUGGGACCAGACUGCAACCGUCACACAACCCUGGGGUUGCUCAACAAAGCCAAAGCACAUAUAAAGAAACUUGAAGAGACGGACCGGACUCGUAAGCACAUGCGGGACUGUCUGGAGCGCAAGCAGCGCCACCUCCAGAGGCAGCUGGACCUGCUUCAUGGGCCCGGGGACGUGUCGGUGGCUCUGCCGCCCCCCUCAUCUCCAUCCCCCUCCUCCCCCUCCUCUUCGCCGUGCUCUGGGAGCGGCGAGGGCGAAAGAAUACGCAUGGACAGCGUGGGCUCAACCAUGUGCUCCGACCGCUCCGACUCUGACCAAGAAGAGAUCGAGGUGGACGUGGAGGGCACGGAGUUCUCCCACGGCGAGCUGGACAGCGUCAGCACCGCCAGCACCAGCGAUCUGGACGACCACAGCAGCCUGCAGAGCGUAGCCAGUGACGAGGGCUACUCCAGCUGCAGCGUCAAACUGGCCUCCUAGAGACUCCCCAACCGCCCCAACCACAACCCCCCCCCCAAAAACACCACCAUUCAACCAGCUCCCCUCAAACACCCACGACUCUACUUCUCCGAGUUGACAUCCUGCUUCCCCUUGUCGCCUCAACUGCUUCCCCAUGUCUGCCAGUACAACCACAAAGCCCCCC